GAAUGCUAAUAAUUUCUACUACUUACAGUUCAACAAUAAAAAUACUUUUUUAAUGUAGCAAAUAGUAAACAGUAAUAAAUAACGUUGUAAACGAGCAAACAGAUAAUUACUCAAAUUCUUGGAAUUAAAAUAUAUAAGAGAGAUAUAAAUUAUACCUGUCUUCUGACACUGAAUUUCAAAUUAAACAAGAAAAAAUACAGCUUUGUAAAAUGAAUAUCGGGCAAGCAGAAUCAAUUAGUACUUUGAGUGAACAUGAAGAUGAGAUUGAUGAUUUUGAGGGAUCAAUAAUUUGGUCACAGGAUGAACCGCUUUCCUCAAAUGAAAUCCUUGAUUUCAUCCCUAAUUCUGAGAAGCAAAAUCAUUUUAAAUCUCUUUGCCGAUUAUGUGCAGGAGAAACUCCUAGUCCUAUUUAUAUUUAUUCUGAAUUUGGAGAAUCUUUGAGACUCUUAGAUAAAAUAAAUACGUGUCUAAGCAUCAAGGUGAAGAAAACUGAUCCUCUUCCAAAACAACUCUGUCCAAUGUGCGUUGAAAAGAUCACCUGGUGCAAUGAAUUUGAUGCUCAGUGUAUCAGAGCUGAAGAAACUCUCCUUGAAAUUUUGAAGCAGAAACAUUCUUUCAAGAAUAAUGAAAGUGAUAUAAACUGUUUAGAAAACACUGAUGUCUGUCCAUUGUGUAUAGAGGGACGUAUGAGAAUCUUUGAAGAAGACAAAGAAAAUAGAAAAGACACAGAGUUGUAUGAUAGUGACAUCGUAUUGGAAAGCAGCGACGAAGAACAAAUUCCAAGCGUGCUUAGAGCUGAUGAAGAAGCUGACAGUGAAUCUAUAACAUUGUUUUGUUUGGGAACAAAACAAAAGUACUUAAAAUGUGGAGCUUGCAUGAAUCUCUAUCACACAAAGGAGAAUUUAGAUGAGCAUAAAUGUAAACCCAACUUACAAUGUACUUCUAAACCAUACAAGUGUGACAUAUGCUUAGCUACUUUCACAUUUGAAGAGCGGUUACAAUUCCAUCAACAGUUUCAUAAAGAUGCAAAAGCAUUAUACUGUGAAAUUUGUAAAAUUACUUUUGGAAAGGAACUAAAAUUGUUUUAUCAUUAUAAGAGGUAUCACUGCAAAGAUGGUAGAGUGUCCUGCUUGCAAUGUGGAAAACUGUUUGAGAAUCAAGAUGGUUUAAAGAAACAUGUUUGCGUCGACGGAAAAACAAGACCUCACGUGUGCGAGGUGUGCUCUAAGGGAUUUUGUGAUGGGUAUACCUUAAAGCGUCAUGUGGUAACUCAUCUUCCAGAAAAGCCAUACAAAUGUCCUGAAUGCUCCAAGAGCUUUACCCAAAAGUCAAGGUUGAAUAAACAUAUAGCCAGUCACAGCAUAAUUUUAGAAAAUAGUCAAACAAUUUGGAGAUGCGUUCGUUGCGGAGAAGCUUUCGGAACCUGCGAGAUUGCAGACGAGCAUUGUAAAAUACACGAGGAAAAAAUUAGUCUUAUCGAAGAAUUGCAAGCAUUGAAGCUGUACCAUUGUGAAUUCUGUAGUAGCCACUUUGUAGACAUGGAUCAUCUAAAAAUCCAUCGGGAGUCACAUGUAGUGGAAAAACCAUAUUCAUGUAAUUGGUGUGGUUCCCUGUUCAAGUCCUUUGCAGAAGCUGUUCUUCACUGGAAAGAACAUCCGAGAAUAUUUAAAGUUCUGGUGGUAUUUUUGUGUGAAAUCUGUGACAGAGAUGUUAAAGAAUUAUCGCUGCUAUACAAGCACAAGCAAAAAAGGCAUCAGCCUUUACCCAGGAAGACUGAGAAAGGCGAACAGAAAUUCAUUUGCGAACUUUGCGGAAACGUUUUCGCAGGUAUCGAAGAAAUUCAAGAGCAUGGGAAAUAUAGGUGCUCAAAAUUUCCUUGUGAUAUCUGUGGCAGCCUUUUACCAACUGCAAAUUCUUUGAAUGCGCACAAAAGAAGACACAGUGGACUGAGACCAUAUGUCUGCAACAUUUGUGGAAAAAGCUACACUCAAUCGAGUCAUAUGUGGACUCAUAAGAGGUUCCACAUGGGUGUCAAACCAUACGCUUGCGAGUACUGCGAUCAAAGGUUUACGAUAAAACCUGACUUAGCGGAUCAUACUCGGAAGAAGCACACCAGAGAACGACCAUUCAAGUGCGAAGUCUGUAACAAAGCCUUUUUAACAGGGUCUGUAUUUUAUCAACACAGACUGAUACACCGAGGAGAUCGCAGAUACAAAUGUCACUACUGCGAGAAAGCGUUCACUCGAACGGAAGCUUUAAAUAAUCAUAUAAAAAUUCAUACUGGUGAGAAACCACAUGCCUGUGAUGUUUGUGGAAGAUGUUUCAGACAGAAGGGGGACAUGAGAAAGCAUAGGCGUACACAACAUGCUGUUAAGCAAGAUGCAAAAUAGAUUAAAAUAAAAUAGUAUUUAAAUAUAUUAUAGUAUGAAAUAGUGGAAUAAACAUUUUGUG